CUCGUCUACCGACACCGACGCACGAUACCAUGAAGCUCAAGGUUGUCUCUCGCUCCGGCAAGGCUCUCUUUCCCGACGGGCUGGAGGUCAAGGACUCGGCCACCACCGAUGACCUCAAGGCCGCGUUCCACAAGAUCAAGCGCAAGUACUACCCCACGCGCCAGAGGUUCACGCUCCAGGUCCCACCCGGCGCUCCCCCCAAGACGAGGGGCACCCCGCUCACCGCGGGCAAAUCGCUCAGCAAGGAUUACGGCCUCGCCGACGGAUCCACCGUGGUGUUCAAAGAUCUCGGUCCCCAGGUGCCUUACGCCGUGGUGUUCCUCGCCGAGUACGCGGGCCCCAUGCUGUGCUACCUUCCGUUCUUUUUCAUGCGCCGAGAGAUCUACGGCGGAUUCCUGGGCAUGAAGGGAGCGGACAAGCCCGCGCACAUCUCUCAGCAGCUCGCGUGCGCGUUUCACACCGCGCACUACCUCAAGCGCAUCCUCGAGACGAUAUUCGUGCACCACUUCUCCAACGACACGAUGCCCAUCUUCAACCUGUUCCGCAACUGCGGGUACUACUGGGGCUUCGCGUCUUUCAUCUCCUACUUCAUCAACCACCCGGAUUACACUCCGGUUGGCGAGACGCAGAUGAUGGUGGGCUUCGGCGUCAGCGCGCUGAUGCAGCUGGGUAACCUGCACUGCCACAUCUACCAGGCCUCGCUCAGGUCUGACGGGAGCAAGGCGUACAAGGAGCCCAAGGGUGGGCUGUUCAAGGUGGUGACGUGCGCAAACUACUGCUGCGAGAUUUACCAGUGGGUCGGUUUCAACAUCGCCACGCAGAGCGCGAUGGGCUGGAUUUUCAUCGCCUGCGGCGCCGCGCAGAUGGCGGAGUGGGCGAACGCCAAGCACAGGAGGCUCAGGAAGCUCUUCCCGGGGUUCAAGCGCCCGUUCAAGCUCCUCCCGCCCUUCUACUAAUACUAAUACCGCCGGUUGAGUGUGUAACACGCGCUUCAAUAAUAAAAGUAUCAUCGCGUC